AUGAUUUUGAACACUAAUUUAUACAUACGGAAUACCGACUGAACUGAGUGAGGUGAGUUUUAGAAUAGAAACGCUUUCAUAGUCUUCUUGAUUUGAGAUUCAUGGAAGCUUCUAAGAAGAACGGGAACGUCAUCGAUCACUGGGCUUUUCUGGAACAUUUUGAAGCACCUAUGUGGGCAGAUUUGAUUGUUGAAGCUAAGUCUGGUUAUGAAAAUAUAGCUGAUGAUGACUGGUUCAACAGAAGCCACCCGUUCCACCAGUUGUCUGCCCGACAGUUGAAAUCAAAGUUUGCUCACUCUGGUGAGGUGGUAGCAUCGCCGGUGCUUUCUUCUUCAGUUUCGAAAUCAAGAGGAAAAUACUAUAACAAUAAGAAGUGGGGGAAAGGUAUUAAUCUGAAUGCUUUGCUGGAUAAACAGGAGGGUUUAAGCAAGGGGAGAUGCUUCAAACAAGGUUCCAGCUUUGGUCAUGAAGUGAAGGCCAAAUCAACAUCAAAUGUUAGUAGGUCAAAAGGAUUCAUGAGUGAGACGUCGGGGUUGACUUUUGAACACAAUGCCAGGGGAAAAGCUACGUCCAAGCCCCGUUGCAGCAUUACAUCUGAGAACAUGAUGCAAAGGAAGGAUUAUAAGGGGCAUAAGAAGGUAUCAUGUGAUGAGAAAAGCAAAAGUUCGUCGGUUAGAAGCGUUAGCUUUCGGAAAAGUUUGGUUACAGUAGAAUCCUCAUGCGUUCAUGACCAGCAUAAAUAUACGGAGGUGUCUAGUAAACCAUGUGAUCAAAAGAGUGGAAGUUCAUCAGUGAAUAGUAUUAGUUUUAGGAAAAGUUAUGUAACACAAGAAGUCUCAAAAGUAGAGAUGGAUGUUGGUAACAUGAAAUCAAGAAGUCAUAAAUCAUCUUCUGGGAAGUCUAGUGUUGGGUCAUGUUCAAAUACUAGUUAUGAAGUUAAGUUUGUAGCAAAGCAGCUGAGGGAGAAAAUCACAGAUAAGAAAGAUGUGGUUGCAAUGAAUCCUGCAAAUAAGAACAAAUGCAAUCUUGGUAAUAAAUCCAAGACAUCUUCCAUUACAGGAAGUAACAUCAAUGUUGCAAAUUCAUUGGUCAAAAGUCAGUCUGUGCGUUCAAGUAUUAUGUUACCAGGCAAAGUCAACAAAAACAAUUCUAGUGCCGGUGCUAAUAAGACACUUGACAAGGGGAAAGAGAAUGCUACGAGGAAAUUGACAGUGAAUCGAAACUGCAAUGAAAAAGGUGCUCUUGCGAGGGGCAUUUUAAAAAGUCAGAAACCUACAGAACAGAAUCGUCAGCGCAAGGAUGACAAAGCAGCAACAGCGGCUUUGACAAUACUGGGAAAAGUCAACGAUCAAUGUGAGGCAAAGAUCCCAGGUAACGCAUCUAGAAAGAUUUACCUGAGGUAAUGGAGUAUAGCAAUCUAUUCUUUUCGAGGGUUAUGAAAAAUCAAAUAUCAGGGAAAGAAGUAACCCAGUUUCAAAAUAAGGGAAAAAAGUAGCCCGAUGUCACACGACUUAUUGAAGCUUUAUAUUGGUUUGUGCUACUAACUCUUGUAUAUAGUGUGAGUGGGUCUAGUAUGGUUAUGACUCCAACCUGCAAUGUUUGGUGAUAAAUUUUGGUUUGUUUCUAACAAAAUACCAUACCUUAAAUUCUUUUUGCAAUACCUUUUGUGGCUAUUCA